AUGGCCUGGCUCCGCAUCACCUGCAUCGUCGUCUGCUGCCUGGAGCUGGUGCACAGCAAGGCCUCAGAGUACCAGCUGGAGUCAGACAGCCUGAGCCGAUGUGAGUCGUUAAGGGGCGUGGCUGUUGCUAAGCAACAAGACCACAUCCCCCACUGUAUGGAGGAUGGAAGGUUCAGGCCUGUGCAGUGUAGUGGGCGCGGUCAGGAGUGUUGGUGUGUUGAUGCAGAAGGUCAAGAGGUCGCUGGAACUCGAACCAAGAGCUCUUCACUUCACUGUCCGACCCCCUGCCAGCUGCAGGGGGCGCUGCGGUGCAGCCCGUCAGGAGAGUUUGAGGCAGUUCAGUGUGACUCCAGCAGGGGGAGCUGCUGGUGUGUGGACCAGGACGGAGAGGAACUGUAUGGAACCAGACAGAGAGGAAGACCUGAGCGCUGUCCCGGCGGCUGCGAGGUGAGGGCGCGGCGUGUCCUGCACGGCUCCGGGGGGCGCUCCCCUCCCCAGUGUGACGAGCGCGGUGACUUCCUGCCCGUCCAGUGCAAAUUCAUCAACACCACCGACAGGACGGAGCUGGACCUGCUGCACGCCUUCAACAGGUUCCCAGAAGCCUUUGAGACGUUCAGCAGCUUCAGGAGGAUCUUCCCUCAGGUUUCCUCCUACUGCUUCUGCUCAGACAGCAGAGGCAGAGAGCUGGACAACACAGGUGUGGAGCUCCUCCUGUCCGAGGUGUACGACACGGCUUUUUCCGGCCAGAUGACUGGACGCUCCUUCUCCCAGUCCAACGUCUACCGAGUCCUGCAGAGGAGGCUGCUGGGAGUCCGGCUGGCCCUGACCGGAUACUUCAGAUGUCCGACUCCCUGUGAGGAGGAGAGGAGGUCGGCGGAGGAGGCGUCCAGCGCCUUCGUUCCCUCCUGCGAGGCCGGCGGCUCGUUCUCCCGCAGGCAGUGCCGGGCGGGCGGGGCCUGCUGGUGUGUCGACCCCAGCGGGGCGGAGGUUCCCGGGACACGACGGAGCGGAGAGUCCCUGGUCUGCGGUUCAGGCCCUGCUGACUGUCGCUCUCAGCGUCGCGUGGCUCUGUCCAGGCUCUUCUCGGGCCCGCUGGAUCCUCCCACCCCCGUCCCGCCCUCCUCAGGUGAAGCUCCAGCCUCCUGCCGCUCGCUCCUCCGGCCCCUCAGGGACGUCCUGCCGGCGGAGCAGGAGCCGGCCUCCUUCCUGCCCCGGGUGGCCGAGGUGCUGCAGGGCCUGUUCCCCUCGGUGGGCCUGGCCCUGCAGGCGCUGGCCCGCUCCUCCCCUCGCCGCCUGCAGGAGAACCUGUUCGGAGGAAAGUUCCUGAAGAACGCCGCCGCCUUCAACUUCAGCGGAGCGCUGGGGCCCCGAGGCGCCCUGAGCCCCAACCUGCUCUCCCCCACAGACCAGAGCGUCUCCGCCAGCCUCCGAGCGAACCGGGACCUGGUCCGAUCUGUCGGACGAGCCCUGGAGGAUCCGGCCUUCCUGUCCGCCCUGCAGCACGCCCUGAGGCGGCUGGGCAGCUCGCACGCCGCCCCGCUGCAGCAGGCGCUCACUCCUCUGCUGCGCUCCUGCUCCGAUGCCGACGCCGAGCCGGGCGCGGCGUCCGUCUUCGUGCCGAGCUGCACGGCGGCCGGCGACUUCCGGGAGGUGCAGUGUCAGGCCGCUGAGUGCUGGUGCGUCGACCCGCGGGGGCAGGAGGUCCCGGGGACGCGGUCCGCGGCUCGGAGGCCUCGCUGCUCGUCCAGGUGUGAGAGAGAGCGAGCGGCGGCACUGAAGGUGAAAAGCAACAUGGCGGCCGGCGCAGAGCUCCACGUGCCGGCGUGCUCGCAGGACGGCGGCUUCCUGCCUCUGCAGUGCGUCGGCUCCCGCUGCUUCUGCGUGGACCGGGACGGAAACACAGCACCUGCUCAGGCCACAGGGGGCGCCGUCACCUGUGCAGACGCUCGGCCGGAGAAGCCUCGGUCCUCUGCAGGCCCGUGCUCCGAGGCGCUCGCUGAGCUCACGGCGUUCACACAGGAAGCCUCCGCCAUCGUCACUCUCUCUAACUCCUCCCACGUGCCUCUGGGAUACGGAUUCCUAUUGGCCGACGGGCUGCGACUCACCGCCGAGGAGCUGCAGAGGAGCCAAUCGGCCGAGGAGCAGCAGGUCUCUGAUAGGCUGCUGAGUCGCUCCAAAGCUGCGCUGUGGUUGGCCGCCUUCUCCACUCUCCAGACGCUGAUGCCGGGUCAGAGUUACUCCUACCAGCCGUACACACCGCAGUGUGACGCCGACGGACACUGGAUAAACACACAGUGUUACUACAGCACAGGUCAGUGUUGGUGUGUUAAUGAAGACGGAGAAUUCAUCCCAGGCUCUCUGACCAACCGCACCAAGCACAAAACAAAGUGUCUGACUCGCUGUCAGAGGGCUCACGCUCACACGCUGCUCUCUGGCUGGAAGAAAAGCUCUGACAUCAGCAGCACAUCCUCCUACAGCCCACAGUGUGACGAGGACGGUCGGUUCUCGGUGCUGCAGACAGGGGGCGCUGCAGGCUGGUGUGUCAGCCCGCUGACCGGAGAACCCGUACAGAACGCCACCCUGAGCCCUGCAGGACAGCUGACAUGUCCCAGCUGGUGUGAGCUGAAAGGGGCUCAGUGUCGGCCCGACGGCUCCUUCGCCCCGCUGCAGUGUGACAUCACUUCCUGUUGGUGUGUGUCUGAGGGCGGACAGGAAGUGGCCGGGACUCGAACGCCCCGCCAGGCAGGAAGUGCCCCCCCGUCGUGUGACCGUCCGCUGUGCCCCGACAGCGUUACCCAUGGUGCACUGCUCUGCCGCCCGGUCACGGGAGGCCGUCAGAGCUGUGACCUGGUGUGUUACCUUGGUUACCAGAAUGCACUUCCUGUCAGCAGCUUCGUGUGUGAGGCGGAGAGUCGGCGGUGGGAGGGAGACGCCCCGCUGGCUGGAGCCUGCCAGGCCUUACAGCCACUGCAGGCUGAACAGUCUCAGGUCCUCUGGCGGUUCUCGGCCUCCUGCUCUCGGAGCGGCGAGCUGCAGGAGCUGCUGUUCAGCAGCAUGACCAGCAGGGGGCUCUGCUCCAUACAGCUCCCAGGCUCCGGCCGCUCCGUGUCGCUGUGCGAUGACUCCACGGUGCGCCUGCGCUGUGACGGCGAUGACGUCAUCACGCUGACGGUGACGUGGACGGCUCACCUGUCCGACCUGCCGGCCGCCGAGCUGCCCGACCUGCACGACGUCUACCAGCUCCUCAUUCAGCCCCGGCUGCAGGAGGGUGUGCAGGGGCUUCUGGGUAACUUCAAGUCCAUCAUCACAUCGGAGCCCAAGCUGGUUUCCAACAAGCGUAGCUUCAGCUGUUACCGUGGUUACCGCCUCAACAACAACGGCAAAGGCUGCACCGUUUGUCCUGCAGGUAGUUUCUUCAGGGAGGGGGCGUGUCUUCUCUGCCCUCAGGGAACCUAUCAGGAUGAAGAGGGGCGGGAUUUCUGCAACACCUGUCCCAGCGGCUCCUCGGCGGGCGGAGCCUCAUCUGUCAGUCAGUGUGUGACAGAGUGCCGGAGGCGGGGCUUGCGGUGUUCAGAAGGCGGCGACUUCCUGCCGGCGCAGCCCGACGUCCUGUCUGGGAGGUGGAGGUGCGUCGACGCCGACGGGGCGGAGCUGGACUGGACCAACAGCAACGGGCCUCUGACUGACGAGGAGUGCGCAGUGUUCCGCAGGUUUCAGGCUGUUCCUGGAUCAGAUCUGAUCACCGGAGCUGAAGAUGCUCAAGUUCUGCAGACCAUGACCUCUGACCUCCUGAGCUGUGUGCAAGCGUGUGCAGUGCAGCCGUCCUGCCACCAUGUGGCGCUGUUCACCAACACACAGACUCAGUGUGAGCUGUACAGCACACACACCACCAACACACACUGCAACAGCUCACAGCAGGCCGGUGGGUUUCUGGGUAAUCCUCAGGCCGAGCUGUUUGAUUGGCUGAGCUGCUCUGUGAAAGUGAGGGGCGGAGCUUCAGAUCUGCUGGUCAUCAAAAAGAAAGGUGAGCAGUUCCCCUCGCUGCAGCAGCAGGGGCGGAGCUUCGUGAGGAUGAGGAUGAGGAAGGCUGAGUCCGGCGUCUUCCGCACGCUCGUCUUCUCCUCCGGGCGAACGGCGCUCGCCGACGCUCAUCGUUUCUGCCAGGACGGCUGCAGCCGCGACGCCUGCUGCCGCGGCUUCAUCCUCAACCAGAACAGCCUGAGCGGAGGCUCUCUGCUCUGUGGUUGGCUGAGGGAUCCGUCCGUCCUGAUGUGUGGCGACCAGGACUGGGACGUGAUUGGUCAGGGCAAAGCCAGCCGCGUGUGUGGGGCGGGGCUUAGCUACAACGAGCGGCAGAAGAACUUCGUCUUCAACUUUGGAGGAGAAAAGUUCACCAUCACUGAGUCUGCUCUACCGCCUGACAGCAAGAACAAGAAAGAUUACCAGGCAUCCAUCGUCAGCUUCCAGGCCAUCUACCUGACAACUGAAGCUGCUGACUCCUCCUCCUCCUGCGGCUCCUCGGAGCUCGCGGCUCCUCUGGACGCCUCGGUGCAGCGCAGGUUCAAGUCCCUGGCGGAGGACGACGUGCAGGUCGAUCCUCAGAGGAAACUUCCUGUUUUGUCCUAUUGGCUCAACAAGAAGAACUACAACUCCCAGCAGGCCAUGCUGUGGUGUCUCGCACGCUGUGAUGCGGAACCGCAGUGCAUGCUGGUUGACCUGGACGAUGCUGACUCAGCAGAUUUCCACAGCUGUGUGUUGCUGGCGGACAGCAGAGUGUGUGGGCAGUACGACAAGCCGCUGCGCCGGCCCUGCCGCCCCCUGCUGGCCCGCCGGCCCAACAACACCUUCAUCAAGACGGUGGAGCUGUCUGGACCAGUGAAGAGUUUCUACAACAGAGUUUCCUUCCAGAAGAUGGUUUCCUACUCGGUCCGCAGCCGAGUCAGCCUGGGAAACACACCGCUGUCUGAGGGGUUCAUGCAGUGUGAGCGGCGUUGUGAUGAGGAUCCUUGUUGCCGUGGCAUCGGCUUCGUCCAUGAUACGCAGUCACCAGGUGGCUCAGAUGUGGUGUGUCUGUCCCUGAUCAGCCUCGGGGUUCAGACCUGUGGCGAAGACGACGGGACGACCUGGAGGACGCAGGACUGCCGUCCCUCCGCCGUGCAGACCACGCCCUACCCCUUUGGCUGGUACCAGAAACCUGUGAACCAGUGGAGUUCGUCUCCUGCUCUCUGCCCAACGUUCAGCCUGAAGCUCUCAAACAACGUGUCUCUGGACCAGUGGAGUCUUCUCGCUGACUCAGCGCUCCUGGUCGACUCGUCUGUCUCCACCUAUGAUGUCAUCCACGUGAGCCGGGACAUCGCUGCCGAUGAGCGCAAGACCAGGGACUGGUGUCUCCAUGCCUGCCAGGAGGCGGAGUCUUGUGUCGCCGUGUCCAUCAGCCAAACAGAGUCGGCCACACGCUGCGUCCUCUACCCGGACACCAGGACCUGUGGCGUGACCGACGCCCCUGGGUCACGUAGCCCCGCCUCCUCCUGCAAACUGCUCAUCAGAGAGCCCGCCCCCCAGGUGUACAUGAGGAAAGAGCGGUUGCCGUCGGUUACGUCCGUGUCCAUCCCGGGCCGUGGAACCCUGCGAGGCGUCACCGUGGAAACGCCUCUGGCCUCGGACAGGAAGACGGUCGUCCAGUUCCUGGGAGUUCCGUACGCCCGUCCACCAAUAGGAUCGCUCCGUUUCAGGGAGGCUGAGCCGGCUGAUUGGACGGGCGCCUGGGACGCCACCAGACCCCGUCCCAGCUGUCUGCAGCCAGGUGAUGCAGACUCUGCAGCCUCCAGUGAAGACUGUCUCUACCUGAACGUCUUCAGUCCAGCUGGACAGACGGGGCCGGUGCCAGUCCUGGUUUUCUUCUUCAACCCCUCGGCCAAUCAGAACCCAGGGCUGUUAGAUGGCUCCACCCUCGCUGCCUUGGGCAACAUCGUCGUGGUAACGGCCAGCUACCGAACAGCUGCACUGGGCUUCCUAAGCACAGGCUCGGCCGGUCUCCAUGGUAACUAUGGGCUGUCGGACCAGCAGGCGGCGCUGCGCUGGGUCGACGCCCACAUCCACCUGAUGGGCGGAGACAACAGGACAGUGACGGUCGGGGCGGAGCGUCGCGGCGCCGACAUCGCCAGCCUUCACCUCCUGUCCUCCUCCUCUUCCUCCUCUCCCUCAGCUCCUCUGUUCCAGCGGGUGAUCCUGAUGGGCGGCUCUGUGUUCUCUCCGGCGGCGCUGCAGUCUGAGGCCGGCUCGAGGCGCCAGGCGCUCCAUCUGGCCAGAGAGCUCGGCUGUUUGACCUCUGACCUCAGCAGCAACCCCGCUGAUGAAGACAAGAUGGCUGCCUGCCUCAGAACGACCCCGGCAAGCACACUGAACGCUGCCCAGACCAAGCUGUUGGCGGUCAGCGGGCCGUUCCAGGCCUGGUCUCCUGUCAGUCCGUCUGCGGCUCCGUCUGGUUUCCACAGAGUCGACCUCCUGCUGGGAACGUCCAUGUUGGACGGUCUGAUCAGCCGAGCGCGCAGGAUAAAGGACCUGGAGGCUCUGCAGGGCCGGGCGGACGGGAAGACGGCGUUCUACGAGGCGCUCAGUAACUCCCUGGGCGGGGAGAGGAGCAGCGUCCUGCUGAAGGAGGCGGCCGGCUGGUUCUACUCCCUGCAGCACCUCCCCUCCCCCGCCGGCUACAACCUGUUCUCCAGAGCGCUGGACAACGCCACCCGAGAUCUGUUCAUCGUGUGUCCCAGUCUGCAGAUGGCUAGCCACUGGGCUAGCAGCAAGGCUAACGUCUUCCUGUACCACCAGCCCGAGGCCGACGCCCACAGCAGGGCGGACGUGUCCGUCCCGCUGGACCUUCAGUUUGUGUUUGGAGCUCCUCAUCAUCCAAUGAGCCUGCAGCGUUUCACCGCCGAGUAUCGCCGCCUGUCUCUGGCCGUGAUGAGCUACGUGUCCAACUUCAUCAAGACAGGCGACCCUAACCAGGCGGGCUCAGCUCUGCCGCGCUGGACGCCGGUCCCGCCCUCUCCGGCCCCGCCCACCUACCUGCAGCUGGACCCCGCCCUCCGGCAGAACCACGGCCUCCGGACCGACGCCUGCUCCUUCUGGAGCGAGCUGGCACCGAAACUCACCAGGCAGACCGAUGAACUUGGGGCGGGGCCUGUGCAGCCUGUGCUGACCCCUGACCUCCCAGUGGUCCAGCCUUCCAGCCAAUCACAGACUGGGAAGGACACUUACAGUUAAACCGCCGUCCCUCCAUAUGA